AUGUCAUCAACAACUGCAACUACACCAGCAUCAUUCGCUGAUUGCUUUACAUCAGCAACACCAACAACAACAGCUUCAACAACAACAACAACUCCAACACCAGUUAAUAACAAUAAUAAUAAUAAUAAUAAGAAAUUCAAUAAUAAUAAUAACAAUGGUAAUAAAAAAGUAAAUACACCAUCAAUUUUCAGUGAAGAACAAAUUCAGAAUGUUUGUAAGGAAUUCAAAUUGAAAGAGAAUGAUCUUUUACCUUUUACCGCACAGGAUCCUGUCAAUAAUAAUCAAUUACAGGGUUUGGUCGUAAAGGAUAUCAAUGAUUUCAUCUUGAUGAAAUUGAAUAGUAUCGAUCUCUUGGAGUAUCAAUACAUUCAUGUCGUUCCGAAAUUGAAAAAGUAUCAAUCAAAUGCAUUACCAAAUGUAUCAUUUCAACGUUAUUACAUUGCAAAUAAAUGGAACGGUAUGAAUAUUCAAGUAUUUAAAUACUUUGAUAAUGAUGGAAAUCAAUUCAUUGGAUGUAGACCAAGAACAUCUCACUUUUUAGCAAACAAUAAGAAUGGAAAUGUAUUGGAUAUCGUCAGUGGAAUAUUGUCACGUGAUCAAGUAGAUGAAUCACAGGUUAACAGUACCUUUAAGAGUGGUAGUCCUUUGUUGUUGUCCAAGUUGGUCGGUGAUAGCAAUUGUAGAUCAAUGUCAUUCGAGUUGUGUGGUAGUUUGGUUCCACACAUUGUAAAGUACGACUUUGAAGCAGAGUUGAAACCAUUGAUGAUGAUUUCGCUCGACGGAACAGUCUCACCGGUCAUCUCAUCGCCAGACACUGACAUCGUUGUCAGUCCAACACCGAUUGGAAUGCGUGAUCUCUUGGAACCAGUGGUCAAUCAAAUCAAAUCCGAUCUACUCGCCAAGAAUCAAUCGUACAGACAACAAAACCAACUCUCUGAGAACAUGUAUUGGUUCAACCAUUUCCUCGAGGAAGGCAGAGUAUUGUAUAUUUUGAAUGAACAGAAUCAACUGGGUGUUCCAAGUGGUAACAUCUUUGCAAUUAAACCAAAUGAUACUGAUAAGUUUCAUUGGGAACAAUUUGAUAAUGGAAUUCAAACAAAGAUAUUAAUGAUUGUACACGAGUUGAAAGAGAAAGGUUCACCAGUCAACAAGACAACACUUCAAGCAGAGCUGGGAUUGGAUCAAUAUUCUUGGUCGAAAUGGGAAGAUGAUAUUAUGGACUUGGCCAUCUUGCCAGAGUAUGAUGCAACCAAAGUAACUGCAGCACCAAAGAAGAAGGGUCAAACUUCACCAACCAAUGGUGCUGAUACCAACUCGAAACAAAUAGUAUCUAAUGAGAAUCAACGUUUGGUUAUCACUGUCGGUUAUCCAGCAUCUGGAAAGAGUUACUUUGCUUCAAAGUUGGCUCAACGUGGCUGGAUGCGUGUCAACCAAGACGAACUGGGAACUCGUAAAAAGUGCGAAGACAAUUUGGCUCAGUACUUGAAGCGUGGUGACAGUGUCAUUGUCGAUCGUUGUAACUUUGAUAUUCAACAACGUCGUUCAUGGCUCAAGAUUGGAAAGCAACACGGUGUCAAGAAUAUCUUGAUCCUCUGGUUCAAGAUCGAUGCCGACCUCUGCAAGAAGAGAAUCGUCGUACGUGAAGAUCACCCUACCAUCCCAAAAGGAAACGAAGGUAUCGAAAUCAUUUCAAAGUUCCAAAACAUGUUUGUAGAUCCAAUGGAUAUCGAAGGUUUCUCAAACAUCGAAACAAUCAACUCUGAGGAGGAAUCAAACUUGGCACUAGAGAGGUUCGCUCAGAUGGUAGCUCAACCAACAAUCGAAGAAUCAAAUAUCACAAAUCUUUCAUCAUUAACCAUCGAGGCUGCUGUUUAA